AUGACCACACCAUUGGAACGACUUUCCAUGUUACAUUCUCAUAUCAAAGAGACAAAGCCUGAGGAUGUACAGGAAUCAUUCCCGUAUUUGCUGAAAACAGAGAGAGAAAAAUGGUCAAAAAGUGAUUUCCAAUCAACAAUGGGGCCAUCUAUUACUAGCUCAAUUACUAUGGAUAAUAUCAAAUCAUAUGUACAUGAAACUUCCAUAUAUAGGAGUUCUUUCCCUAACAAUACGGCAUAUACGAGCCAUAGACCAAACUUGAAUGGUAUAAGUGACGCUACUAAUAUGUUGGCGGAAACUCUUUUAAAAGUCAGGAAAGUCUUUGGAGAUGAUGAACAUUCUGAUAGUCAGCCGAUAAUAUCACACGAUGGAUUGGAAAUUAAGAUCAUUUCAUCUUUACUUCAUACUGAUGAUAAGAUACUUGUGAUUGGUAGUAAUAGGUCAGAAUAUCUGGAGGCUCUUAUUAAUAUCAGCAACUCCAUAGAUCAUACAAUUGAUCUCUCUAAAAAUCUUAAUGAAUUACUUGAAAAGUCUCAAUAUAAAUUGAUUUUUAUAUCAAAUGAAAUAUUGUCUAACUCAUCUAUCAAUGUGGAAGAUUUAUGUAAAUUAGUCAAAAGGGUUUUGCCCGACUCAUUUCUUGUGAUUCAGAAUAACUUGAAAAUGGUUAAAUUUUCACAAUGGGGGUUGGAUUUUAGUUGGUUGAACAUAAAGACAAAUAAAACCAUUAUGGUAACUUCACAAAGGGCCCUUACAACUGGGAUUGAAUCUAUAUAUUUUUCAGGAGAUGACGAGUCUAUUUCAACCAUACGACAAGAACAAUAUUCCAAAUCAUUGAUUGAAUCCUUAAAUGAAGAAUUAUCAAAUCAUUUACCAUCUUUAAACACAUAUGCCCCUGCAACAUAUUCAAUAUAA